AUGGAUCAAUAUUCAAAUUAUGAGGGUCAACAAGAUCCUUCAUCAGGAAGUUAUAGUUCGUAUCCAUGUGGGUAUACAACAGCUCCAACCAACAGCUCUUCAGAUUAUUAUUACGGAAGUAAUCCUCCAGCAGGAGGUAACAACAGCAGUAGCAGUAGUUCAAAUACUCAGCAACAACCUCCAGCAACGACACAAGGUUACGCUUCUCAACGUAAUGAUAGUUAUGAAGGGAGUGGCUAUUCUUCCGGAUAUAAUAAUAGUUACGGAAGUUAUCCUGCACCGACUACAUCUGGAAGCUAUCAAGCAGGUCAAAGUUCAUCAGCAGGAAGUUCUACGGCCACAGCAUAUAAUUCUGGUAGUGGUUCAUAUGGCAGUGGAGGUAAUAAAACAGGAGGAUAUGGCGAUCGUAGUAGUGAUUAUGGUGAUUCCUCUGGUUAUGGAGGUAAUAAAAAUCCGUAUGGUGAUAGUUAUGGCUACAAGCCUCGAGAAAAUGGUAGAGAAGGUGGAUAUAGCGAUCCUCCAUCAAAAGAAGGCGGUUCUUAUGACAGUUACGGAAGCCGUUCUGACGGUGGCUAUAAGGAUAAUUAUGUGGAUGAUUCUGUUGUGCAAACAAUUAGCGACACGAUCUACAUUUCGAAUCUAAGCAAAGACGUUACUGAAGAGAAGUUGGCGGAAAAAUUCGGUAGCCUUGGCAUGUUAAAAAUAGACAGAAAGACACAAAAGCCAAAAAUAUGGAUAUAUUAUAAUAAAGAUACCGGACUUCCUAAGGGAGAUGCAACUAUAACUUAUGAAGACGCCGACUCAACAGCAGCUGCUAUCAAAUAUUUCGAUAACCAAAAGUUCCUUGAUCAGGUUAUAAAAGUAGAGAUGUCUGUGCGAAAGAUAUCAACCUCAGGAUUUAGAGCUCGUGCUAGAGGAAGUAGAGGACGUGUAUUUACCAGGGGCAGUCGAGGUGGCCCUCCUCCCCGUGAUGGUGAUUGGGCAUGUGAAUCAUGUAAUGCAAAUAAUUUCGCUAGACGUAUGGAAUGUUACAAAUGUCAUACACCUCGUUCUAAUGCACCAGGGGAAGGCGGUUACGGUGGAGGUCGAUAUUCCGGAGCACCUAGAGGUGGGUAUAGAGGACGUCGUGGCGGCACUCCUUAUGGUAGUGGUAGUGGUCGUUAUGGUGAUGACGAUAGAGGCUAUGGAGGCGGAGGCUAUCGCAACAGCGAUAGCUCACAUGGUUAUGAUCAAGGAUACGGGAGACAGAACAAACAAGACGAUCGUCAAGAUCGCAGGGAUAAUUCGAGAUAUCGUCCUUAUUAA